UUGCACUUGGAGUUUUGCGAAGUUCUUGUUGAGAACUCGGGAAACAGUUUGAUUGAUUGUUUUUUUAUUUAAUGAUGCUGGCCUUCUAGAGGCAGGAACGUCCAUUUCACGGCUGCAGUUUGUUGGAUACAACGCAAUGGAGCUGUACUGCUCUCUCUCGAACGUUGUGCCAGAGCAUCCUGUCCUCUCGCCGGUCUCUGGUUGUGUUUUUGAGCGACGUCUGAUCGAGAAGUAUGUCGGUGAGACGGGAAACGAUCCCGUCAAUAGCCAGCCAUUGACCUUGGAGCAGCUCAUUGAUAUCAAAACGAGUCCGGUUACCCGUCCUCGACCACCGUCAGCAACGAGCAUUCCGGCCAUUCUCAAACUGCUACAGGAUGAGUGGGACGCCGAGAUGCUGCACAGUUUUACUCUUCGCCAGCAGCUGCAGACAGCACGGCAAGAGUUGUCCCAUGCUCUUUAUCAGCAUGACACCGCAUGCCGUGUUAUUGCACGACUCACCAAGGAAGUCACUGCUGCCCGUGAAGCAUUGGCUACCUUGAAAUCGCAAGCUGGCUACAUUCAGGCAGCACCUCAAGCCGCAACUGCUGUUGCUGCUGCGCCAGCGGACGUAAUGAUGGCUGACGAAGCAAUGGACGAUGGAUUGACGGGACCUACUGAGAUGACAGAGGAGAUUAUCGAGAGACUGCAAGAAACAGCGGCCAAACUCACAGCAGAACGCAAGAAGCGCGGUAAGAAACCUCCGGAAGGCCUGGCGUCUAUUGAAGAGCUCUCUGCGUACAAGCAAACGUCCACUCAUCCGGGUCUGCACAGCGCCAGUGUUCCUGGCAUUCUCAGCCUCAGUGUCAACGAGCGCAUGGGCCGCAUCGCCACCGGUGGCGCCGACAAGAACGUCGUUGUGUUUGAGCGCGACACCGAGCAGAUAGUGUGCACGCUCAAGGGUCACACCAAGAAGGUCACGAGCGUCGUCUAUCAUACAGAUAAGAAUGUAGUAUUUAGCGCCUCUCCCGAUGCCACAAUUCGCAUGUGGACUGUAGCGAACAGCCAUUGUCAACAUGUGAUCAAGGCUCACGAUGGUCCAGUUACUGGUCUCUCGCUGCAAGCCACUGGCGACUACUUGCUCAGUUGCUCCACGGAUCAGCACUGGGCGUUCAGUGAUGUUACCACCGGUCGUGUCCUGGCAAAGGUUACUGAUCCAUCGAUUAACGAUGAGCUGACUUGUGCGCAGUUUCACCCUGACGGUCUGCUGUUCGGUACUGGCUCAAAGGACAGUGUCGUAAAGAUCUGGGACUUGAAGGAGAAGGCGAACGUGGCCAACUUCCCCGGCCACUCCGGUCCCAUCACGGACAUUGCCUUCUCUGAGAACGGUUAUUUCUUGGCGACGGCUGCAGACGACUCGACUGUCAAGCUGUGGGAUUUGCGUAAGCUGGAGAACUUCAGAACAAUUCAGCUGGAGGGCAGAUAUGAGGUGAAAUCUCUAUCGUUCGACUCGAGUGGUAACUACCUAGCUAUCGGCGGUACUGACAUCAGAUUAUAUCACUGUAAAAAGACGUGGAAUCAACUCGCUAUGUUUGAUGAACACAGUGGCCCAGUCACUGGCGUUGCAUUUGGCAAGAAUGCGUCGUACCUCGUCUCCGCCUCCAUCGAUCGCCAUCUCAAGUUUUACACGGCGCAGUAGGCGACGGCGCAAUGGCCGGUUUGUUUGUUGCGGCAUCAUCAUCACUACCGCUACUGUGGCUGCUACUGCACAAAUAGUGCUAUUGCCAGUCUGGCUGAGUGGGUGCGUGUACGUGUGCAUGUGCGUGAGUAAGCACGAUGCCCGCUGUGGAGAGAACGCGCCGUACACUUCGGCACGUCUGUGCGUAGCUACGUAGGUGGUGAGUGAUUCGUUUCACCACCUCUCCCGCAGCGUAGCUUACGACGCUGGUGCACGGUGUUGGGGUGUCUAUGCGCGCAUGCAUGCGUGUGUGCGUGCGUGCGUGUUUGCUUAGUUGUUAGUGUGAGCAUGACUCGGUAUUUUUUUCCUGUACAGAUUUCAGAUCGUUUGAUCUCUUAUUUUAUGCAUGUCUGCUCGCGCCUUCACGGAACCUGUAGCGUGAGCCAUCAUUGAUCCAUAGUCCGCGGGGUUUUUUCCCGGUCGAUUCUUCUCUGCUUUUCUGCGCGUCUUCGGUCCUUUGCUAUUUGCUUUUAGAGCUUUCUUUUUUGAUUUCAGCAUAUUUCGUACACUCCUGUUGCGACUGGACUGCUGGCACUGUUUUGAUUCGGGCGUGCUCCUCGUCCAUGUGCGCAGUUUCAUCUGAUUUUGUGAUUUUUUUGUUUGUUUUUGUUUUGGUGUGUGUGGUGGGGUGUCAGUGUCCGUAUGACAAUGUGCCCGCCUGCCCUCCUCACUACUAGUUUGUCCACGUACGUACGCCAUCUGCUCUCUGCUCCGUGUUCUGGUGGUGUUUGAGUUUACCUGUGAAAUUCGUUCUCCUCGUCGCCUUGCUGUGUUUGUCUUGUGUUUUGUUUGCUGGUUCAAUACUCUCAACUUUGUAGUGUUCAUUGUAGUAACUACCAGCUUCCCGCUCUCUAUCUCUUCUUCAUGUGUCCUUCAUUGUUGUGUUUGCGGAAAUCUGCCUUCUACGACCAUUGAAAAGUAACUCUGGAGAAGAACCACUGACAA